AUGCGUUCGUCCUCGAACGUGGGCGAGCGUAUGCGAAUGGCCGCGUUCGUCCGCGAACGUGGGCGAGCGUAUGCAAAUGGACGCGUUCGUCCUCGAACGUGGGCGAGCGUAUGCGAAUGGCCGCGUUCGUCCGCGAACGUGGGCGAGCGUAUGCGAAUGGCCGCGUUCGUCCGCGAACGUGGGCGAGCGUAUGCGAAUGGACGCGUUCGUCCUCGAACGUGGGCGAGCGUAUGCGAAUGGCCGCGUUCGUCCUCGAACGUGGGCGAGCUUAUGCGAAUGGCCGCGUUCGUCCGCGAACAUGGGCGAGCGUAUGCGAAUGGACGCGUUCGUCCGCGAAUGGCCGUAGUCGUCCGCGAAGCGUCCUUCGUUCGGUCGCCCGUGCGCUUUGGAACAAAUGUGGCGCCCGGCGUGGCGACGCUUCGCGCAAGACCCCGCCCGCUCUCGAUUCGGGGCGCGGCGCUCCUCUUCCGGAUGAUUCUCGUGCUCGAAAUGAAGGCUAGU